AGAGGGUGAGGGAGGCGUAGCUCAAAGACAUUUCGUUGCAGCGGCAGUCACAAGGUUUUUGGACUAGUGCCCACCGCAAGAAAAUGCGAGACACAAGAGAAACACGUGUAGUGGGUGGUCCUCGGCACACGGCUUUCACGUGGCUCUAGCGAGCGGCAGUCCGGGGCAACAACAGGAGACCACAUCAGCAUGGCUGCGGAGAUGGAACCCUCUGAUGUGAUCCGCCUGAUAAUGCAGUACCUCAAGGAGAACAACCUCUACCGAACACUGACCACCUUACAGGAGGAGACCACCGUCUCACUCAACACAGUGGAAAGCAUCGACAGCUUCAUUGCAGAUAUAAAGAGCGGCCACUGGGACUCCGUCCUGCUGGCUAUCGAGUCCCUCAAGUUGCCUGACAACACACUGAUUGACCUUUAUGAGCAGGUAGUAAUGGAGCUCAUUGAGAUGAGGGAGAUUGAAGCAGCUCGCUCGCUCCUCAGACAAACCGACCCAAUGAUCAUGUUGAAGCAGACGCAGCCAGAGAGGUACAUUCAUUUGGAGACCCUGCUAACAUGCGUCCACUUUGACCCUUGCGAGGCGUACCCAAAUGGCGGCAGCAAGGAGAAGCGGCGCAGGGAAAUAGCCGAGGCUCUGGUGAGAGAGGUCAGCGUGGUGCCCCCUUCUCGCCUCAUGGGGCUCCUGGGACAAGUUGGUUCUCUAAAGAUACAGCAGUGUCCAGGUCAUCUGUUCUCUGACAUGGCCAUCGACACAUCUGCCAACAAGGACAGACAUGUGGAGAAGGAGAGCUUUCCAACACAGCUGUACCGCCACAUCAAGUUCGGGCGUAGGUCACAUGUAGAGUGUGCCCGUUUUUCUCCCGAUGGAAAGUACUUAAUCACGGGAUCGGUGGAUGGGUUCAUCGAGGUCUGGAACUUUAAUACUGGAAAAAUAAGUAAGGAUUUAAAGUACCAGGCCCAUGAUAGCUUCAUGAUGAUGGAUGAUGCUGUGCUGUGUCUGUGCUUCAGUCAGGAAACAGACCUACUGGCAACUGGGGCUCAGAAUGGCAAAAUAAAGGUGUGGAAUAUCGAGAGCGGUUUGUGUCUGCGCAGGUUUGAACAUGCACACCACAAAGGUGUGACCUGCCUGAACUUCUCCAAGGACAACGACCUGAUCCUCAGUGCCUCCAUUAACCAGACCAUCAGAAUCCAUGCGCUGAGGUCAGGCACGACACUAAAGGAGUUGAAUGGUCAUUCAUCGAUUGUGACUGAUGCUUCUUUCACUCAAGAUGGAUUUCACAUCAUCAGUGCCUCCGCUGGCGGCACGGUUAAGAUUUGGAAUACAGAAUCCGGAAAAUGCAUCCACACUUACAAAAAUCUGUCCCACACAUCAGAAGUUCCCGUCAACAACGUGAUUCCUCUGCCCCAAAACCCAGAGCACUUUGUGAUUUGUAACCGCUCCAACACGGUGGUCAUCAUGAGCAUGCACGGUCAGACUAUUAAGACCUUCAGCUCAGACAGAGAGGAAAGGGCCAAGUUUGUCUGCUGCACGAUGUCCCCCAGAGGGGAGUGGAUUUACUGUGUGGGGGAGGACUUAGUGCUCUACUGCUUCAACUACACAACGGGGAGGCUGCAGAAAACUCUGACUGUUCAUGAAAAAGCUGUAAUUGGCAUCGCUCACCACCCAUAUGAGAAUCUGAUCACUACUUACAGUGAGGAUGGACUCCUGAGGCUUUGGAAACCUUAAACUGUCUCCUGCAUCCUGAUACAGAAGAGGGCUAGACACAUGGGUAUAAAGCAAUUUAGUUAUUUCUAUGUAAUGAAAAAAGAUGGACGUAUUAAACAAAUUCAUCACAAGGUCUAUUAAGUAGCUGGUCUUGAGCUUUAAGGUCAUAUCCAAUUGAUCUUUAUCUGAAGAUGUUGUUAUGGAAGUGCAGGUGAAAACUUCCAGCACUUUCUUUUCUUUUUGUCAAUGUUGGCACAAAAGAUGAUGUUACAAAUUAAUCUUUGAAUUCAAUGGUUUUUAAGAUUAUUCCUUAUUACAACCCCUCAUGUGCUGAAAAGCACCACACAACAGCUACUUAACAGACCCUGUGGUGAAGUUGUUUCCUGAAUGUAUUCAAAUGUAAACGUUGAACCUCAGCCAUUAAUUUCUAUUUUGUAAUCAAUUGUAAUAAUUUACCUGCUAAUCAUUUAAAAAUGUCAACAGAUUUUAGACACAGCGAAUGCAAGUUUUGUUACGUUGGAGGGUGGAUAAGAAAGAUUUAGCAACAUAAGGGGAAAAUGUCAAAAUAAUAAUGUUGUCAAAUGAAAACAUUUAAACGCGUGCAAAGAUGCUAAAUCUAAAUGGAAACGAGGUUAUAAUGAUUUUCAUCUCUCUUUUGAAAAUGAAAGGAUUCCAUAUAUAUAUUCUUUAUUUUCCUAUUGCCAAUGAAUCUCAUGAAUGACGACAACCAACUAUACUUUGCCUACUUUGCCUAUUUUCCUAAUGUGUUUGUGGCACCUUAAAGUCCUUUGGUUUUUACUAAAGAUUUGGAAAAAAGCUAAAUAUGAGUUUUUUCAACAAAUUAUAUCCAAAAUGAGUAAAUAAUGUAUUUGUUGGGGACUGGAUUUAGCUGCGUAUUAAUACACAUUUGGUGCUCUGAGUAUUUACAGCUGAAGUAUGGUGCAUGUAGGUUGGCCUCUUAAUAAACUACAGUACCCAUGUUCAUGGUAAUAUUUGAACAUGUUGCCUACUCUGUCGCUCACUGAUGUGUUUUUAUUUUAAAGGCACAGAGAAAUGCUCUGUCUUUUGAUCCAAAGCUGUACGAGGGAGACAUUUACUGUUGGUUUUGGUCUUUUCAUUUGACAAUAAGAAAAUCACAGGAAUAUCACAAAUGAUUCUUUAAGCAAAGUCUUAAACUAAUGUUUUACUCUAAAUGGGUCUUAAUUGAUAUAUUUUUACGAAAUAUAUUUGUCAAUUUAAACAAUAUUUUUCUCAUAGAUGUUCUAUAAUCUGUAAGGUUUUUGAUGUUUAAAAGCUGCACACACCUCCUUCCUGUGAACCUAACUUCACCAGUUCAGUUUAUAUUCUCACUUUCAUGUCUUCUGUCUUUAUUAGACACACAUAUGCAUGUUGGUGAACUGUUGUCGAAAUAUGAAUAAGAAAAAAUGCCUAGUUUGGGCUUAAACAAACAAUAUCAGGUAAAUGAUUUGUCACCUUUUGUUUAUAAUACUUUUUUAAACUUGAAUUCAGAAGAAAUGUGUUUUGUCCUCUGUACUCCCCGCAUGCUACCUCAUGAACUGUCUAAAUGUGGCUCUACAAUAAUGUUUUUAGUGAAAAUCUGCAUGAUGACUAACGAUAAACCUCAAUGGAGCUCCAGUGACACAUUCUGUAUCCUGUGUGUAUAUAAUAAAUGUAUUUAACAUGUUAAGAUGUGUCGUUCUGCUGCACUGACUCUAAAAUGUGUUGCUGUGCAUCAGGUGCCCGUUGCCGACCAGUUUUUAUUAUUUGUACUACAGUAGUCUUUUCUAUCGUCUGUCUCUUUACUAUCAUCCAUAUUUUAUUGUUGCAAUAAUAAUGUUUAUUCAUCACACUGUACUUUGUUUUUAUUGUUAUAUAUAAUACUGCCAGUUAUGUUGAUGAUGAAUAUAAAUACAAUUAAAGAUCUUUUAUAAUUUCCAGUGUUUGUGAUAUUUAAAAAAAUAUAUAUAACCCUCACCAAGGAAUCUGAUGUUUCCUAAAUGCAGAGGAAAUAUAUUUAUUUUUUUAUUAACCUAAAUAACAAAAUGAUAGAAUAUAUUUGAAACAAAAUAUAUGCUUGUCUGUACAAAAUAAAUACGAACUUUCAAACUGUUGUUGAACCGUCGGUCCAAAGUCAAACGAUAUUCAAUUGACUAUACUAGUACAUAUUCAUAAACAGUAAAUAAAAUCAUUUCCUACCAAUAGAUUGUUGCAGCUCUAUUGUAGAAUGUGUGUAAUGUUCUGUGGCAUUGCUGACGGCAAGCAGAAAUAAAAAGCAAGAAGAAAUAAAGCGAAAUGAGUUAGCAAAGAAAACCAUGGUCAGGAGAAGUUAACACCAAAAGCAGGAAAAUAAAACAUCACUCACACAGUAACGCCACAAUUUAGAGAGACCAUCAAACGGCAUUUAAUUAGAAAACAUGAACAUAAUUUAUGUUUGGUCCUAACACACACAUAGCAUCAAUCAUUAGAAACUUAACAACACGUAUUUCAGUUGAUUCCACUGACAUGAGUACUCAUUAUUUUGCAUCUAUUUCAACAAUUGAAGGAAUCUCCCUUGCGAUGAGCACAGUCAUGUUUUACAAUAUCCAAGGCAAAGUCAUCACUGAAAAAAACCAAACUGAAAAGUUCAAGUUAAGUUAUGGUAAGGCUUUUACACAGGCAGACACAUUAAAGAGGCUUCAACUCAGAGUUCAAUAACCUCCCCACAACACGUUUGGCAAAACAUUGAGGGCGGAAAAUAUGAAAUGAAGACACUUAGGCCCCGGCCACACGAGGACGAUAACGGUCGUUUCCGUUACCGUUUUGUAGACCAUUCGGCCACACUAGGACGACAGAAUACGGCACUAAACGACUACG